AUGGCCUUCACAACCAGAUGUCAUCCGCAUGCUGCUCUGGCCUAUGUAGGAUGUCAGGUGCUGCUGAUUUCAAUCUUUGUUCUGGCUGAUCAUCAACUGUCAGAUCCAUCUGCCUUCCUGCGAGCAUGUAGCGACAACUCAUGUCACGCCUCGCUGGCAGCGCUGCUUUGGAUCUGCGUUCGAGUGCUGGAAGGACGCGAAGGACGUGGGAAAGAGCCGAGCUCAGGGAUGAGGACGUCAAGCUGUGUGCUUGAAAUUUGUCUCUCAAUGUUGGUCGGCAGCUUGGUCGACCUCGAUCACUUCGUGGCCGCUGGCGCCGCUGGACAUUUCUCCCUGCACGCUGCGACGCAUUUGACGCGACGCCCCGCGGGGCACAACUUACUCUGCUGCGGCCUGCUACCUGCAGUUCUUUAUUGCUUAACGCGCAGAUGGCGGAUGAGCGUGAUCGUCUUCUCCGCGUAUUUGGCGCAUCUCUUGCGCGACUCCGUUCGCCGCGGCUUGACGUUGUGGCCCCAGGUGGAUGGCGCACAUCCAUUACCCUUGGCGCUGGUGUUUGCCUUGUACUUGGUCCUGCCUUUGCUCUUUGUGCAGUUUGUGGCGCCGGCAAGAGCCAAGUUCGAUGCAGUUGAAACCUCCGUGGAGGUGGAGAUCGUGACGCUGGGAGAUAUUCAGACACCGGCGCCAGGGGACUAUGAGAUCAAGGAACCGAGCUAUCGCUCUCCUUAUCGCAUUCCCAGGUCGGAUCAUCUGUCCUUUGGCUCGGGCAAGACUCGUUUCACCGAGAAGCAGGAGACCAACCAUCGACUAACAGCAGCCCAGUGGUGGGUCAAAUCCUUGUUCCCUCGGUAUGCGCAGCCAUUCGCGACGCCGGUCCUGCUCCGUUGCGGCGCCAUGGCGGAAGAGACGAUGACGAAAGUGUUCCUUCGGCACUUGAAGGAUGGCAAGGUGAAGCCCAGAGAGAUGGACUGCAGCAUUCAGCAAUUGCUCAGACAGGGCUGCGGUCGCUUUCUGGCCCGUUGGAAGACUCUCUUUGGGCGCGUGGCACGGCAAGGGGCUUGGCAUUCGACAGCGAUGCUGCUUCAGGAUCUCCGACGAAGAGAUUUGCAGCUGGACUUGGUGGAGCAUCUGGGGAUGGCCAGUAACGCCUGCGAAAGACAGGGCCAGUGGCAACGUUCGCUGCAGUUUCUCAGGGGCGUCGAAGAUAUGCGUGUCUUUCUGCCCCGGAAGUUCCACGGAACCUGGCGCUUGGAAGAGCGGGGCCCGGCCGCGCGGCGCGCGGCCGCGCCUCAGGCCCCUGAUGCCCGGGAGCAGAAGCAACGCCUGCUGAACCACUUGGGUUGCACUGACCAGCCGGAGCUGUGCAGAAAAGCAGCAAUGGCCCUGCGAGGUAACUUCACCUUGAUACCCAAGGAGUAUCGGCAGAUCAUCUGUGCCUAUGGACAGGUGCUUUCCUGGAAAGAGGCUUUGGGUGUUCUGGAAGAAAUGAGAGCGAAGGGACACAGUCCAGCAUUGGAGCAUUUCGCUGGCGCGAUGAUGGCAUGCGACAAGGCUAAGCAAUUGAAGAAGCUCCUCAUCCUUCUGCAGGAGAUGCAGAGAAGUUCAAUCCUUCCAGAUGUCAUGAGCUACACGGUCUCUUGGAUGCCUUUUCAAAGCCGUCGUCACAGUGGCGAAGACAUGUUCAACGGGGCGCUGUUGAGCAGCAGUGCCAAAGAAAAGCAAUGGGAGCUGGCUUUGAGUACCUGGUGUCACAUGGAAUUCGUGGACUUAAUGGCCUGCAGCAAGGUCAUGUCGGCCUGCGCGAAAGCUGGGAAAUGGUGGACCACCUUAGCUUUGCUUCAAGGCGUCUCCGAGCGUCGUUUGGUGCCGGAUGAGGUUCUCAUAGGUAUCGCCCUAGAGUCCCUCGAGAAAGCCCGGAAGUGGCAGAAAGCCCUGGCCCUGCUGCGAUCCCUGGAGCCACCGAUGCGCAGAGAGCCGCCGAAGGACUUCUUGGGAAUGACAGCAGAAGAAUGGGAUGAACUGCGUCCGUGGGCUGAACGUGAGGAGGAGGACAUCAUUGACAGUGAGAUGGAAGAGCAAUGGCAGCAGUUUCGGGUGCUCCAUCAGAUCGGCGAUGAGAGGAAGGUUGAUGAGGAGCUGGUGGAAACUGUGGAUUUCCUGUCCGAUGUGCCGGCAGCCGAGUGUAUGGCAGAUGUGAAGGUGAACCACAUUAUGUACGGCAGUACUGUGAGUGCUUUGUGCCGGGGUUUCCAAGUGGAUCGGGCGAUGCAACUGUUGGAGGAGAUGCGGCACCGGGGCCACCAGCUGAGUCUGCACCUCUUCAGCGCCGUCGCCAGUGGCUGCGCAGAUCUGCGGCGCUGGUCGCAGGCCUUGGCGCUGCUACAGCGGUCCGACGAGCGCGACGUUCCCUUCCUCAACGGUAUCCUGUGGGCCAUGGGCCGUGCUGGUCACUGGCAGCGCGCGCUGGACCAAGGGCUGCGGCUCCUGCGGGACGCACAGUUGCGACCCAGCACUGUAACCUUGAACAUUUUGCUCACCAGUGCAAUUGAAGCACGUGCCAGUCCUGUUGGCGUUAGCCUUGCAUGCCAGCUGGCGAAUCGCAGCUCGUGCUCGCCAGAUCAAGUCACAGUUUCUUGGUGCCACAAGGUCCCCCAAUCGAUUUGGGCUAACUAA